UUGUUAAUUGUUAACUUUUAUCAAUAUGUGUUUAAUGGUAUUUUUACUGAUUUUCUGUUAGAAUUUAAUGUCGGUCAUUAUGUUACUUUUUUUCGGUCUUUGAUAUGAAACUGUUUUUUCUGUUCGUCUUAAUUGUUUAAUUUACUUUUUAAUUAUGAGACUUGUUAGGAAAAUAUUGUUCAGAGUUAAUCAUCAAUUAACUUUAAUUCAAUAUAAGUAUUUAUCUACAAGUGUUAGCUUAUUAAAUGGAUCUCGAAAUAAUGCUGGAAAAUCGUCAACUAGUCAAUUUAAUGAAGUUUCAAUUGAUUUGAGAAAUUUCCCUCCAGAUCGUAUUCGUAACUUUGGUGUAAUUGCUCAUAUUGACCAUGGGAAAAGUACCUUUUCUGAUCGACUUCUGGAAAUGUCGGGAUUAAUUAGUAAAGAAAAGAUUAAACCUCAAUAUUUGGAUAAAUUAGAAGUGGAGAGAGAAAGAGGAAUCACCGUUAAAGCUCAAACUGUAUCAUUGGUAUUCCAACGUAAUGGUCAACCUUAUCUUCUCAAUCUAAUUGAUACACCGGGUCAUGUUGACUUUUCCUUUGAAGUUUAUCGUUCAUUGCCAGUCUGUCAAGGGGCCAUUUUGUUGGUAGAUGCGACCAAAGGUGUUCAAGCUCAGACCAUUGCCCACUUUAAUCAAGCGCUAUUAGGAGAUGUUAAUCUAAUCCCGGUGAUAAACAAGAUUGAUGUUAAAGAAGCAAAUGUUAAAUCUGUGGAAGAUCAAUUGAUUAACCUUUUCUCCUUUAGUCCAGAGGAAAUUUACAAAAUCUCAGCCAAAACGGGUGAAGGAUGUGACAAAGUAGUCGAAGCAAUAAUUGAUAAAGUACUUCCACCGGCGGGUAAUAUCAAUAAUCCUUUGAAAGGAUUUUAUUUUGAUUCCUGGUCCCAUCAAGUCCAUGGGAUUAUCUCAUUAGCUACCGUCUUGGAGGGUAAAGUUAAUGUCGGUGAUAAAAUUUACUCGUUAACUGGUAAAUCUUACACCGUCAGAGAAGUGGGAAUCUUUUUCCCCGAGGAAACACCGGUGGAAACACUUUAUGCAGGUCAAGUGGGCUAUUUAUCAGCUUGUAUUCGUGAUGAGUCUGAUGGUAGAAUAGGAGAUGCUUUUAUCGAGGAAUCGAAUUAUAAUGAAAUAAAGUCGAAAGAUCCUUCGAUAAUUGAAAACAUGGUAAAUGAUUUACCGAAAAUUCCCAAACCUCGAUCAAUGGUUUUCGCAGGAAUAUUUCCAGCCGAAGUUUCCCAAUCAAAAGAAUUAAAAUCUGCUCUUAAUAAAUUAAUUCUCAACGAUUCCUCAGUUGAAAUGGAACCUGAUUCUAGUCCAGCUUUUGGCUUCGGGUGGAGAUUAGGUUUUCUUGGCCUUCUACACAUGGAUGUGUUCACCCAACGAUUAGAAGCUGAAUACGAUGCACCAACAGUGAUCACCGCUCCAAGUGUCUCUUAUAAAGUUACAAUAAGAGGAAAUAAAAAUAUCAAACAAUAUGGAAAAGAGAUAUUGACAAUUAAAAACCCGAUGCAUCUACCACCGGAAAAUAUUAUCGUUAAAUUUGACGAGCCUUGGGUCAUUGGGUCGAUAAUUACACCUAAUCAUCUAUUCGGGCCAAUUAAUUCAUUAUGUCUUGACCGUCGAUGUGAACAAAUUGAUUCCUCUUAUGUUGAUCAAGAAAGGAUUUUACUUAGAUACAAGAUGCCCUUAAAUGAGAUAAUCCUUGAUUUCUAUGAUCAAUUGAAAGUGAUCACUUCUGGUUACGCAAGUUUUGAUUACGAGGAAUCAGAAUACAUUGAAAGUCCAAUAGUUAAAGUUAACUUUCUUUUAAAUGGUAAAUUAAUUGAAGAAUUGACCAGCUUGGUUCACAAGAAUAAGAGUUACAAUUACGCUAAAGCAGUUUGUAAAAAGCUUAAAGACAAUUUACCACCUCAAUUGUUCAAAAUCGCAAUUCAAGGAGCAAUUGGGACAAAGAUAAUUGCUCGAGAAACAAUGGACGCAUUGAGAAAAGAUGUAACCGCUAAACUGUACGGAGGCGAUGUGACUAGAGCUCAGAAAUUAUUAGCUCGUCAGAAGGAGGAAACAAGACUAAGGAUGAUUGGUGAUAUUCAAGUGGAAAGAGAUACUUUCAUUAAAAUCCUUAAAACAUAAUUAGUUAAUUAGAUUUAGAAAUUUUCACUUUGUUAAUCUUUGUUCCCAUUUGUUAUCAUUUUUAGAUGUAAAUAAAGAUCCAUAAUUAAUGUAAUGUA